AGUUGAUUUUGAAAUUUUUGCCUGAUACCUUUUCAUGUUUUCACCAAAAUCUUCUAAAUCAGUUCUCGCGAAACAUCAACAACAAACGUUUCGAAUUUUAAAAAGAUUUCGGAAUAUACAAAACUAAAAUACCAAAAAAAAAUAAAUAAAUUUCAAAUAAAACCAAAAUUUUUAAUACUAAAAAUACAACACACAGUACACAGAUACUCAAAGUGUACGAGAAAGAAAAACCUCAUAAAUACAAAGAAUAAUAUAAAAAAAGAAAUUAUUAAAUAUUUAAUAUAAUUUAUGGGUCUUGUAGCGUUCAAAUGAGCGACAAAAUGUAUUCUGCAUGUGCUAUUCCGUCUUCGUCUUUUACCGCUUCCUUGUGGUUCGUUUUAUUUUUGUGUGCAAAUCUUUUAAUUCAAGUGGAAAAUAAAUCUGUUUUUGGUAUCGGUACACGAAUUAUUGGCGAUCAAUUGUUAUUGAAAGAUAUUUUAAAAACGCCGCCAAUAAGUUUAACUGAGGAGCCUGUCAUCAAAUUUAAUUAUGACAUCGUUGAGCCCAUCACUUAUAUUGAAAUCGAAUCGGAUAAGAAUGUCUAUGCUAUAGUAAAUUUUAGUUAUGAAGGCAAUCUUGUUGAAGGUACCAUUUCAUCAGCUAGUGCUAAAUCAGAAGCCUUCGAAGUUCUUAUACAAAUCUAUGGCUUCAAUCAGACAAUGUUAAAUGUCAGUCCCGCCUAUAUACUCAAUAAGGAUCAACAGUUUAGUGGUGUUUUACGGCCAUAUUCUCAACAAAAACAGUCUCUAAAUUUAAUACAAGAAGAUUUAAAUGCUUUAGAAGAAUAUGAUGACGACGCUAUUGAUGAUGAUGACACUGCAGACAAAGAUGAUAUUGACUAUGAGGAGGAUGAGUUCGAUGACAAUUAUGAUAAAGUCAUAGAACAGGGUCAAAGACAAGAAGGGGAUUUUCUUGUUUAUGAAACAAAUCAAACGUCUGCCACAACAACGGAUUUGCCAACAAAUCAUUCACUAACGUUUUACUACAUUGAUAUUUAUUAUAUUACCUAUGUGAAAUUUACAAUAUACGAGCACUAUUUAUAUCAUUCCAUAAAUGAUUAUGGUGCUACAUACGUUGUAGAAUAUGGACACAUUUCUCCCACCACCCUUAAAGCUGUUGUCACAGAUCAUCGCACGACAAGUUUAUUUGUACAAAUGCAAAUGUAUGGCUUCCAUCCAACUGCUCUACCUGUUGACUACAAACCUUUUUUGUCAAAUAGCCAAACAGCAACAACAAACAGGCCAAUAUCAUCAUUGAGACAACUUAAAAUACUUAUGAAUGCCCAGCAAUCGACAAAUGCACAACAGCAGCAGCAUCAGCAGCAUCAACAAACUGAAACAACUACUGGAGACCUGCAACAGCAGGGUGCAACGGAAUUGGGUCACCAAAUAUCCCCCAAUAACAAUUGUAUGCAACAAGUACUAUCAGCAUCAUCCAAUAUUGGCAGUGAUAGUCUAAGUAUUUUUUCUUAUUGGUCCAUUUUUAAUUUGAUUGUCACAAUCUUUGUGACAAUGAUUUUUAUGUAAAGGCUUUGAUUUCAUUGUUGAAUAUUUGAAUGAUUUAUUUACCUAAUAUUUAAGAUUUAUAAAAAAUUGUGUAUUUAUGUAUGUUACUAAGUAAAUGUGAGUAUUAAAACAAUAAUUUUAAGAUUAUUACUGGAUAUUUUAAUAAAGAAGAAAACUAAAAUCUUAA